AUGCUCAGUUUCACCUAUCUACUUGCUCUUAUGAGCAUCGGCUCUUUAGCCGGCGCACAGGAAGACUGCCCUGUUACGGGUGGUUCCGUUAUUGCUCACACGGGCGACCCUGCUGACGUUGAUGCAGUCAAUAUGUACGUCACGGGUAACACGUCGGAAGUAGGCGUGCUAUACCUCACAGAUGUGUUCGGCAUUCAAUUGGCGGAGAACAAGUUGCUCGCCGACAGCUUCGGACGCGCCGGUUACCUCACUGUUGCGCCGGAUAUGUUUAAUGGGACCCCAGCUCCAGGGGAUAUCAAUGGACAGCCGGACUUUGACGUGGUCAAGUUCCUCGCCGACCAUAGCCCUGAGGUAACUGAUCCAAUCAUCGCAACAGCGAUUGAUUUCUUGCGGACCGAGCUCGGAGUAAAGAAAGUUGUUGCGACCGGCUAUUGUUUCGGUGGCCGAUACACGUUCCGCGUCCUGGCCGAAGGGAAAGGCGUGGAUGUGGGCUUCGCUGCACAUCCAAGUCUGCUAGAAGAUGCCGAGAUCUCUGCCAUCACGGGUCCGGCUAGUAUUGCGGCGGCAGAUGCGGAUGACAUGACACCUCCCGAAAGGAGAUCUGCGAUCGAAGCGUUGCUUCUAGAGACUGGACAUCCCUACUCGUUGGCAUUAUACGGUGGCACUCAACACGGAUUUGGCGUACGUGCAAACAUCUCAGACCCGAAGCAGAAGUUUGGGAAGGAAGAGGCUUUCUUUCAGGCGAUCAGAUGGUUUGAUGCUUGGGCUUAG